GAAGAGAGAGGGAGGGAGAGAGAGAGAGAGAGAAAAGAGAGAGAAGAGAGAGGAGAGAGAAGAUAGAAGAGAGAAGAGAGAGAGAAGAGAGAGAGAGAAGAGAGAGAGAGAAGAGAGAGGAGCGAGAAGACAGAGAGAGGAGAGAGAGAGAGAGGAGAGCCGCGCGCCCCCGCCCCGCGCGCCCCCGCGGCCGCCGGAGCUCCCCUCGCGAGCCCUGAGCGCUGGCGCGGCCGGGCCUGCGCCGCCGUCCCAGCGCUCCCGCCCCCGGAGGAGGCGAGGCCCGGCGUCAACAGACUCGCCCGAGCGGGCCGGGAGGCGCGAAGGCGCCGGGCGGAGCAGCCUCGGAGAGGAUGCCUCGACUCCCCGGCCGCGCGGCGCUCCCCCUCUGCGUGGUGCUGCUGACCGCGCUGCUGGCCGCGGUGCGAGGGCUCCCCCUGCGGAAGCCGCGGGGCCCCGGCUGGAGCCACGUGAGGCUGGCGGAGGUCUCGGCCUCCCCAGACCCCAGCUCUCCUAGAGAAGAAGAGACCCCUCUGCUCUCCAGAGCCCGCCUCCAGGCAGGGCUGCGCCGACACAGACGCUGGGCUCUAACUGAGCCAGCAGCCCUGACCCUGGACAAGACCUCCUUGCCCGGGACCCUGGAGGACGCUCCCUUGCUGCUGGAGCUGCAGAAGCUGCCGGGAUUGGCCAACACAGACCUGAGUGCCCCAAACCCCAAUAUCCAGGUGACCAUCGAAGUGGUGGAGGACCCCCAGGCUGAGGUGGAGAUGGACCUGCUGGCUGAGCCUAACAAUCGCUGGUCCCAGGGUGCCCCCAGCUGGCUACCUGCCAAGGAACUCUUCUGGCCCCUAUUCUGGGGCUACCUGGAGGGCGAGGAAGGGAGGCCCAGCCUCAAGGGCAGAGCCCCAGGGGAAGAGGAGGAAGAGGAAGAGGAGGAUUACCCUCCAGAGUACAGUGAGAGUGAGGACCAAGAGGACAGCGAUGGGGAAGACGAUGACGCCGACCAGGAGCGUGGGUUCAGCGGGGCCGCAGGAGGCUGGGAGCAGGGCUGGCUGUCCCCCGGGGACCGGGCCUUCAAGGAGCCUGAGAGCUACGACUCUGAGCUUCAAGAGGAAUGGAGCCCCUGGUCUCCCUGCAGUGGGAGCUGCGGCAGCGGCAGCCAGCAGAGGACUCGGCCUUGUGGCUACGCCUGCACUGCCAUCGAGUCCCGUGCCUGCGACCUGCCCCCCUGUCCUGGCGCUGAGGACAAGGACCCCUCAGGCUUCCCCAGUGAGAGGUGGCAGCCCCUGGCCCACAAUGCUACGGACAUGCUCAGCCCAGAUGUGGACAGCUGUGAGAAGUGGCUGAACUGCAAGAGUGACUUCCUAGCCAAGUACCUGAGCCAGGUGCUGCGGGACCUGCCCAGCUGCCCGUGUGCGUACCCGCUGGAGGCCGUGUCCAGCGCCGUGAGCCUGCAGGACGAGCACCAGGGCCGCAGCUUCCGGUGGAGGGACGCCAGCGGCCCACGCGAGCGCCUGGACGUGUACCAGCCCACGGCUCGCUUCUGCCUGCGCUCUCUGCUGUCCGGGGAGAGCAGCACGCUGGCCGCCCAGCACUGCUGCUACGACGCGGGCAGCCGGCUGCUGACCCGAGGCAAGGGUGCCGGCGCGCCCGACCUCGUCAGCACCGACUUCUCGCCCGAGCUGCACUUCAAGGUGGACACGCUGCCCUGGAUCCUGUGUAAGGGGGACUGGAGCCGCUACCACGCCGUGCGGCCCCCGAACAAUGGCCGGGCCUGCACGGACAACCCCCCCGAGGAGGAAUACCUGGCGCAGUUGCAGGAGGCCAAGGAGUUCUAAUGAGGGCUGCUGUGCUGGAGAACUUUCCUCGUGGGCCACUCACCCUGCCUGGCCCAGACCUGGUGAGGCCAGUCUGGUGCCUCGAGCCCUCUGCCUUCGAACCCGAGGCGGGGAGGUCAGCACCCCAGGUGUCGGUGUGGGGUUGGGGAGAAGGUUGAAGCGUGUAUAAGGCCCAGGGUGAGAGGAGGGAGCUCAGCUCCCAAGGCCCCCGGGGCUGCCGGGAGAUGCGUAUCUGUGGCGGCCUUACCUCUUGCCUGCUGGGAGGUGCUGUCGCAGCCUGGACACCCAUUGUCCUCCCUCUCCCUCUGUGCUCAGGUGUGCGCCGGGCUCUCCACACACCCUGAUUCCCGGGACCUGCGGUGAGUCACUUAGAGCCCCAGCCCUGAGGGCCAGUCUCGUCGUCCUGGCCCGCGGGCCAGCGGCCAGCCAGCCCUGGGCCAGCAGCCCUCCUUAGCGCUGAGCAGUUGCACGUGGCCCGCUUGCCCACCCCCGCUGGGAGGGUUAACCUCAGCCCCGAGCUGCCUUUCGUUGGACACCACUUUAGUCUAGGGCUGAAGGCCAUCAGUGGGACCAUAAGUGGAUAGACAGGCCGUGGCAGCCAAGACAAGGCAGGAUCCAGGUGCAGAACGGAUCCAUGAACUCUGGUCCCUUUCUUUGUCCAGCUCACCUCUGUUCUGUCCAGGUUGUGGGAAUGUGUGGGGCUGGGAGUUCACAGCGCCCUGAAUGAGCACAGCGGCCAGGCUUGGGGUGGGUUCAGAACCAGCCCAGAAGGAUGUGUCAUGUGCAGGGUGAGCUGGUAAAUCAGCUCUCCCGGGGGGGUGGCAGGGGGACAGCCCCAAUUUGUAGCAUUUGGGCAAUUUCUGUGGUGUAAACGUUCCCACCGUGGCCCACUUCAAGCUCCCACGGUGAUGUUGCUGAAUGCACUGAGCUCAGGGUUGGGAAGAGAUGCGUAUGAUCAGCUCUCCCAGCACAUCUCGUGCCCCUUCCCUGCCUCUCCUCACCCCGCUUCUCCCCCUCCCCUCUGCAACCACACUUUCUUGCCUUCUGUGGGGUCGACAUGCUGAUAUCCCAACUGUCUCUGUUCAUAAAAGCCUCCAAAAGUAGGGAAGUUCAGUCCUAGGCCCUAGGCAGCUGCCCUGAAACUCUCUGGGAACCUCAGCAAUAAAGCACUUUAUUUUCAAA